CUCUGCCUUUCGUGUACACACCGCCCCCCGUUCUCGAUGGCCGAUGUAUCCGACCCCGAAAUUGAUCAGGCUUACCAGGAUGUCCGUUCGGACAAGACGGAAACGAGCUGGCUUUUGCUGGACUACGAGUCCGAUCGCUCCGAUAAACUACAGGUCACAGCCACAGGAACGGGUGGUCUUGACGAGCUCCGUGAACGCCUCCAAGGGGACAAGGCGUCCUUCGCAUAUGUGAGGAUGCGAUACUCUAACGACAAGGAGUCGCAGCGUGAGAAGUUCAUCCUUGUCGUCUGGAUCGGCAUGUCGUGCAAGAUCAUGCGUAAAGCAAAGAUCUCUGUGCAUGUAGCGGAUGUAAAGACCAUUCUCCGCGUAUUCUCUGUCGAGGUGCCCGCUCGCGAGAAAGACGAUCUUAAGGAAGAACCAAUCAUCGUUAAACUUCGCAAGGCGGGUGGCGCGAGCUACGACGGCGUUUAACUUAUUUACCCUAAUAUCGCUUUGUAUCGCUUUGCACACAUCGCUUUCAGGUCCCUUGAAUUCCUUCUUGCGGACGGAGUGCGAUACCACUUUACAGCUCACGAAUAUAGGAAUUAAUGCAGCGUCGCAUAUAUCAGUGCUUGUAGACGCCGCUUCCACCGCCGGACGCUACGCAGGUUGAUCGCUACCUGCGUAAGCUGGGCUGACAUCGCCUACAUUUACUGCGGGGCAAACUUCUUCAAGUUCGCGAUGCCUUCGCCUUCUAAUCUCAUUCCCAUCCACUCAGACAUCGCCGAUGCACCGAGCUUCUUCUCGUAGAAGUCGAUGGAUGGCUGGUUCCAGUUUAGCACUGACCAGUCGAGGCGUGCACAGUCCUUCUCCUCAGCUACUUUAGCAAGCUCAGCGAAGAAGGCCUUGCCAACUCCAUAGUUUCUGUACUCCGGAGAAACAAAGAGAUCUUCGAGCUAUUCCAAGUUAAUCAGCGUAUUCACGCGACAGGAAGCCUGCAGAUCGUCGGGCGAUCAAUGAUCUGCACAUACGUAGAUGCCUGGCUUGCCGGUCCAUGUGGAGAAAUUGUGGAAGUACAUGGCCAACCCAAUGACUUCGCCAGAUGCCUCGCGGGAACCGGUGAAGGCGAGCAAGGUGUGAGCGUACGGUGACUCGAAGAGGUUCUUUCUCAGCUACGCGGCGAUUUACAGCGUCAAAACCGUAGUGCAUGAUACCUAGAGUGGCAUCUCACGAGCUCAGAUGUCGCUUUCACCUGAUCGGCGGCCUUCUCGUAGGUCGCAAGAUCCACGAUUAACUUUAAGAUGGCAUCCACAUCCUCAGCAACGGCCGGACGAAUAAAGAAUGACUUUUGAGACAUGUCUGAAGAGACG